AUGAAGAUGGAGAAAGUGCCUAUGAAAUACAGUGAAAGCAAAUCAGUGAAUACCUAUUCUAUGUUUCCUGAAUCUUCUGGGUUGGAAAAUCAAACUGGAAUAACAGAGUUUAUCUUGUUGGGACUCUCCAAUGAUCAACACAUAGAUGAUUUUUUUCUCUUUUUAUUUAUGAUAAUUUUUUUAGUCACCAUACUUGGAAAUACAACUGUUAUAUUAGUGAUCAGGACUGAACUUUGCCUUCAGACUCCCAUGUUCUUCUUUCUUAGCCAUUUAGCUUUUGUUGACAUCUGCUAUUCCUCAGUCACUGUUCCCAAGAUGCUAGGAAAUUUUAUUACAAAGCAGAAAACCAUUUCCUGGGAAGGAUGCAUUGCACAGAUUUUCUUUUUUAUACAAACCUGUUGUACAGAACUGUUCAUUCUUUCGGGAAUGGGAUAUGAUCGUUAUGUGGCCAUAUGUGAUCCACUUCAUUACAGCAAAUACUUGACAAGAGAGAUAUGCAAUAAAAUGGUGGGUGGAGCCUGGAUUCUAGGUUCCUUAUGUGCUACAGGGAAUGUCCUGCCUUUGCUAAAUCUCAAGUUUUGCAGCAACAAUAUAAUCAGACACUAUAAUUGUGAGCUUCCUUCACUCUUGGCCUUGUCUUGUGCUGAAACUCUCACUAAUUACAUUAUUCUUCUAAUAUUUGUGUUUAUGUUUGGUUUUAGCUCAUUUCUUUUCACUCUGGUCUCUUAUGUUAAUAUUAUUUCAACCAUCCUGAAAAUUAAACUUGCAGAAGGCAGGCAGAAACUUUUUUCCACAUGCAGUUCACAUGUCAUCGUUGUGGGGUUGUUUUACAUUACAGCUUUUGUUCGCUAUGUGAAGCCAAGUUCAGAAUCAUUUAUCGAUCUGGACAAAGUGAUCUCUAUUCAGUAUAGCAUUUUAACACCCAUGUUAAAUCCAAUCAUAUACAGUCUGAAAAACAAAGAGAUCAAUUCCGGUGUAAAAAAACUAUUUGGAAACUGUAGGCUCAUUUUUUAG